GUCCCGCCGCAGCUGCUGCUGCUUCUGGAUAAGGAGGCCCCACCUUGCCGGUGACGUCACGGCUCCCAGGUGUGGCGCUGGGAGGAAGCAGGUGAACUGUGCGCGCGCUGCAGACGGACAUCGGCGUCGUACGGUCUCUCCACCGCGGCCGAGGGGAAGAGAGAGAAACCGCCAGAGGUUUGUUCCAGACCCGAGGAAGGAAGCGCCAAUGAAAGAGCUAUAAUUAUCUCCUAGUGUGCUUCAGUUUUUUUCUUCCUUUCUUUUUUUUCUUUUUUUCUUUCCUUUCUUCCGAUGUCACGGGCACGGUCGGGCUUUAAGGAGUCCCAGUUGUCAUGGAGGAAUAGUGUUGGACAGGUUUUUUGUGAGGUUUCUUCUUUUUAUUAACUCACAGAGUGCAUGAGCGCGUGCACAUAGAUCUGCUUGAAUCGGUCAUAGAUCUGCUUGAAUCGGUUGAUUUCCAUGCGCUUGGGAUCGAUCGCCCGGAGCCAUCUGCACUGUUCCUGCUGUUGACUUCUCAGGACAGCAGCGAUGGGCGACAUAGACGUCGAGCAGCAGGAGCCGUUUCCUGUGGACCGAGAUGGGAGACCGCUGAGGGGCGAAGAGGACAAGCCCGCCGGCGGUAGGAAGCCGGGCUGCUGCGAGAGGUUCCAGCAGUCCGUGUCCAAGUGGAUGCUUCCGGAAGACUCGCGCAGCAAGUACCUUGAACGCACUAACUGCUGUCCGCCCCCCAUCUUCAUCAUCCUCAUCAGUAUCGGAGAGUUGGCAGUGUUUAUCUACUACGCCGUGUGGAAGCCUCAGAAACAAUGGGUGACGCUGGAUGAGGGCAUCUGGAACAGCCCCCUGUCCUACAAGCCUGAGAACCGGCAGGAAGCGUGGCGCUUCUUCUCCUACAUGUUUGUCCACGCUGGUGUGGAGCACAUUUUUGGAAACCUGCUGAUGCAGCUGCUGCUUGGUAUCCCUCUGGAACUGGUCCACAAAGGCUUCGAAGUGGGAAUGGUUUACCUUGCUGGCGUCCUGGCUGGCUCGUUGGCCAGCUCCAUCUUUGAUCCUCUCAGUGCGCUGGUGGGGGCCUCUGGGGGCGUCUACGCCCUAAUAGGAGGCUAUUUCAUGAACGCAGUGGUGAAUUUCCGAGAGAUGAUUCCUCUCCUCGGAGUGUUUCGUAUCAUGGUCAUAGUGAUCAUAGUCGGCACAGAUUUUGGAUUUGCCUUCUACAGGAGAUUUGUCCAAGAUGAGGCUGGUAUGAAGGUGUCCUUCGUGGCUCAUUUUGGUGGAAUUGUGGCAGGGAUGACCAUCGGCUACGUCUUCUUCAGCGCCUACAACAAGAAGCUGCUCAAAGACCCACGGUUCUGGCUGUGUAUAGUGGGCUACGUGGUCUUUGUUGUCUUCGCUGUGCUCUUCAAUAUCUUUCUCUCACCAGCACCGUAGGGCCGUGAGGCUGAAACAAACAAUCACUAGAAGCCUUUAUUGUGGUAUUGACUCAGGAAGCUGUUUUACUGACCUGUUCAGAUCAAAGUUGCUCUUCAGAGAUUUAGUGAAUGUAUAUUAUUUUUGGAAAAUCUAAUUCAUGUUGUGAGUUCGAGUGGAGGGGUGCCCCCUGCUUUUUAUGUGCAGCAUCGCAACGGGCUAUUAUUGUAGAAAGUUUUAGAAAGUCUAUUAUGAAAUGUGCCUUUUUAAAGUGAAUACACUUGAACUGAUAUUUCUCUUAUUACAAAUAGGAUCUUUGCUGUGGCUACGUCUAUUUUGUUUGUUAGAUUUAGCUUUUUGUGGAUAUUAAUGAACUCACUGGUCCCUGUUUAUGGCAUUUGCCUUAAUAGGAAAUAAUGGCUAGACUGUUUGGAAUAAUAUUAAUGCCCUCACAAAUUUUCUGUUGUUGACACUAAUGUACUUCCAGUAUUUUCCGAACAUGUGCCUUAAAUGUGGUGAAAUCAUUAAACACUAAAUUUUA